UUGCUUCUUGGUUGCUACUUGGCACUUUGUAAGGCAUGUUAUGGGAUCGAUUUUGAUGGUUUUUUUCAGCUUGAUUUGGUGGAGUGGCUUAUAUAUUCUUUAGUCCAUUUUAUAUCGUAAUAGGAUGGCAUCAGCAGGACUCUCCACCAUCUCCGCACCUUCAUUUUGUACUUUCAAUGCCCAAACUGGUUUGGGAGCAAAAUCUAAGCCGAGUGGCUUGAGUUUCAAUGCCCCAAACUCCUUUGGGGCUUUCAGUGGUCUGAAGGCUGUGUCACCAGUACAAAUUGAGACAGAUACAUCCUUUCUGGGAAAGGAAAGCAAUGCUUCUCUACAGGCAUCAUUUGGUCCAAAAAGGGGAGUGAUGCAGAGAUUCACAAAUCAGCUUCAGCCCCGGGCUUCCAGUUUUAAGGUGGCUGUUCUUGGAGCUGCUGGAGGGAUUGGUCAACCACUAGCACUGUUGAUCAAGAUGUCUCCUCUGGUGUCUGCUGUGCAUCUCUAUGAUAUAGCAAAUGUGAAGGGAGUUGCCGCAGACCUUAGCCAUUGCAAUACCCCCUCUCAGGUUUUGGAUUUCACUGGACCAUCAGAGCUCCCUAACUGUUUGAAAGGCGUAGAUGUUGUUGUCAUCCCUGCAGGGGUUCCAAGGAAGCCAGGAAUGACUCGUGAUGACUUGUUCAACAUAAAUGCAAACAUAGUAAAGACACUGGUUGAGGCUGUUGCAGAUAAUUGUCCGGAUGCCUUUAUUCACAUCAUCAGCAACCCAGUAAAUUCUACUGUCCCAAUUGCUGCAGAGGUACUCAAGCAGAAAGGGGUCUAUGAUCCAAAAAAACUAUUUGGUGUCACUACAUUGGAUGUUGUUAGAGCAAACACAUUUGUGGCACAUAAGAAGAAUCUGAAGCUCAUUGAUGUGGAUGUCCCAGUCAUUGGGGGCCAUGCUGGGAUUACUAUUUUGCCUUUGUUGUCCAAGACAAGGCCAUCUACAGCCUUCACUGAUGAAGAAGUAGAAGAGCUAACUGUCAGAAUCCAGAAUGGCGGGACAGAGGUUGUGGAAGCAAAAGCUGGUGCUGGAUCUGCAACAUUGUCAAUGGCUUAUGCAGCCGCUAGAUUCGUUGAGUCAUCACUCAGAGCUCUGGAUGGAGAUGGUGAUGUCUAUGAGUGCUGCUUCAUUCAAUCUGAGCUGACUGAGCUGCCUUUCUUCGCAUCAAGGAUUAAACUGGGGAAGAAUGGUGUUGAAGCUGUGAUAUCUGCUGAUCUUCAGGGGCUGACUCAGUAUGAGGAGAAAGCACUGGAAGCCCUCAAGCCAGAGUUGAAGGCUAGCAUUGAGAAAGGCGUGGCUUUUGCUCAGAAGCAGCCAGCAGCAGCUUCUGCUUGAUGAUGCUUAUUUCUUUAAUGCUAUAAUCAUCAUCAAUUCUUCCACAAGAGAAUAAUUGCUGAGCCAUGCUCCCUUUCUUUCAGUUUUGCAGAUUAGCAGGUGUACUUUUUUUGGGAUCAAGAGAAAAUUUAUGUUUUGAUUGAGAUAUUCAUGAAUAUCAUGUAGGAUAUAUUCCUGUUGUGAGGGAUAAUUCGGCAAUAACCCAUGUAGGCUAUCUAGUUGUUGAAGCACCAUUUACCAUUUAUGUCAUGGUGUAACAUGAAGCUCAUUUUGGCCAUGUUGGACUUUGGUUUUAUUAUUGAAUAUGAUAAUUUUGUUGAGAAAAGUAAAUGGUUUGGUUUCUGGAA